AUGAAGCCCUGUCCUGACUACACCCAGAUUGAGGCUUCCAUUUCAGUGUCACACCAUUGCUACUGCGUCCAGUUCUGGGACUGUCAGCUCAAGAAGAACACUGAGGCAAUAGAAAAACAGCUGAAGAUUUGUGGCUAUAAGAGCAACGUGGAUGUCGUGGCACUGUAUCUGGCUAGACAAGGACUGAGAAGUAUCCCAAGUCUAUCCCAGUUUCGCAGAUUAAGGUAUUUGUGGAUUAACAACAAUAAGAUCCAAGAUUUAACCUUCUUGAUCAAAAACUAUUACUUGACUGAACUCUAUCUCAACAAUAAUGAGCUGACAGAUAUAUCAGGUGCUCUGAAACACCUAUGUUCCUUACAGAUUCUGUUUCUUCACAACAACGAGUUAAGAAAACUUGGCAAAACAGUGAAGGAAUUGAAAGGAAUGAUAAGCUUGCAGACUCUAAACCUAUUCCAUAACCCUCUGGAAUAUGAUCCAGACUACCGGCUCUAUGUGAUCUACUUCCUUCCCUCAGUUCAGCUCCUUGACAGGAAGUUAGUUACCCAAAAAGAAAGGGAGUCAGCACUUAAUCUCUAUAACCCCAAAAAGGCUUGGAUGAUGCAGUCAGUGGCUUUUGAGAAGAGAGCAGACACAGCCCUGGGGACUACGGUGGGAUCUGGCAGAUCCACUCAACCAGCCAGAAGACCAAUAAUGCCCUCAGGUCAUGAAUUUGGAAAUAACACUAAUAGAGUACCAUUUGAGGACCCUGAAGAUGCAGUUUUAGUGCGAGCAAUGACAAGAUCUCUAAUGGAAUUUUCCUCUGUGGACUGGAACAAAGUAACCACCUGUCAAGAAAGGCGGCUUGAAAACAAAGCAGAAGAGCCCCCUGAGAAGCUGACAGUCCAGUUUAGAUGAAAAAAACCCUACUUUUCUCUCUAAUGUUAACCCCAUAAGUAGGUUAACAUAAAACAAGUACACAACAACACACAUGGAAUUAAGUGAAAUUCCAGAAAAAAAUGUUAGUGUAACAUUUCUUUUAUCAUAUGUUGUAUAGAGAGUGAAGAAAUUAAGAUGACAUAUGAUAAACAGUGGCAAUAUUAUAAUAAAAGUUGCUUGAAAUGGAAUCCUUACCAUAAUUUUGUUAUCCAAAAGUACUAAACUGCUCACUAAUUUUUAGGAAACUAAGGAUAAAUACUUUUAUUUCUUAUAAUACACUUCCUCACAUACUUCUUCCAUUCUGUCAAGGCCUAAAGUCAAUGAUGCUUUCUAAACAUUUCCAAGCCCUUCUUUCAGGCUGUAGCUUGUCUGCUGAGUUCCUUCCUUCUCUCCUAAGUUAGCCCAGAGCCACAGGACAGUCUGUGUUGGCAGGGCUCUCUGGAGCUUAUCUAGUCCAGCUUUCCUGCUGGAAGCAGGGUGGAGAUGAGAUCUGAUGAGGAAUCAAAGAUUUCCAGUGAGCAAGGCUCCACCACUGGGAGAAUGAAAGCAGGAUUGGUGCUGGGGAUUUACCACACUUCCAAAACCCUGACCCUUUUGCCCUGAAGGGAUGGAUUUCAGAGAAUCCUUGAACAGCAACACCCCUGUGAGCCCCAAAGGCUGUGAGUGGAACAGGGAGGCAGCAGCACUUGUGCAUUCCCAGACCUCAGAGUGGAGGGUGACUGCAGCAUGACAACACAUCUGAGUUCCAGGCAGGCAUUUCUUGCCUGCCAAUUGUCCAGAAGUUAAAUUUGUAUACUCAAGCUACAGGAGUCCCCUGCAUGUCACAGAAGAAUGUCCCCAUGUUACAGACACAGGAAACAUAAUUGCCACACAGCCCCUUUCUUUUAAAAAAAUUCCCUUUAUUCAUCACAAUCUACUAAUCCUUGAAAUUAAAACACAAGUACAUUCCCUGCACAGGUGGAUUUAUGUAUCCUCAUUCUUACAGUUUUCAGAAUAUUAAACAAAAACUUUCAACAUAUUAAAUAGUAAAAAAAAUUAAGAGUGUUUUCUCUGUUUUGAGGAUGGUCCUUACUCCUCUAAUUAGAAGAAUACUGCUAUUUUUAAAACACCACUGAUUCAGCUGACAAUAAAUCUCCAAUUUUGCCAUCCUUAUGCAGCAAGUGAUAUUUUCAGUUGUGGCAUUCCCAUUGAUUUCAUGAGACACAGAAAUAAAUCUGAGUGAAAAACGAAGCUGAGGGGAGCUAUUUUCUAGAUCUGAAAGCCAAAGUGAAAUCCCAGUUGUUUCAAUGCACACAUGAAUUUUCUUAUCUAAUUCACUGUGACCAGUUCAGCAUGAAAAAUACUUAGCAUUUUUGUUUAUGAAAUAAUUCACAAGCAACAUCCCACUGUGCUCUAAGGCAUCUUUACCUGAAAAAUUUAGAAUGCAUUAUUCUUGUCAGUCAAAAUAUUUUGAGUCAUUCUGGUCUUCCCUUCAGUAAACUUUGGAAUAUUUCUAACCAAACCAAUAGUGAAAUACACAUUGCACCAUCAGCUUGAGACACCUGGAACAGCAGUUUCAUUUACUACAAUUGCCACAAAAUAGAUAUUAUUUUUGUG